AUGGCGUCUAAGACACUCGCGCAACCUGAUGAACUGGAUAUCCAUGCCAGAGAUCACAAACCACCACAUCCUCAAGACGAAGCCAGCAAAACAGUAGGGAACCCGACCCUCAUCCCAAACGAUACCAAUGAUCCACCUACCAAUUCCUGUGAACCCGAGCCCACGGAACACAGAUCCAAGAAGAGCCUGGUGCAGAUCGCAACAGUGAUGACUUCUCUCUGUGCUUGCGUCUUCCUCGCUGCCCUUGAAGUGACAAUCGUCUCAACUGCCCUUCCAACUAUCGCUGCCCACUUCGCUUCUGAUUCAGGCUAUACCUGGAUCGGCACAUCUUUCGUCCUUGCGCACACUGCCUCAACACCAUCGUGGGGGAAAAUCUCCGACAUUUGGGGAAGAAAACCCAUUCUACUCGUUGCCAACGUCAUUUUCUUUGCCGGCAGUCUUUUAUGCGCUCUUGUAGAUGAUCUGGCAACAUUCGUUACUGGGCGAGCUAUUCAAGGUGUGGGCGCUGCAGGUAUGCAGACUCUGGUGAAUAUAUGUAUCAGCGAUAUGUUUUCGCAAAGAGAUCGAGGCUUAUACUAUGGCUUGACAUCAAUUGUGUGGGCAGUCGCAAGUGGUAUUGGUCCCAUUCUAGGAGGUGCCUUUACCGAUCGAUUGAGCUGGAGAUGGUGUUUCUGGAUCAACUUGCCCAUCACUGUCGCCGUCUUUGUUCUACUUGUUCUCACUCUCAAACUCCCGUCCCCAAACACUCCCGUGUGGGCAGGCAUUAAAGCUAUCGAUUGGCCAGGCAGCUUCCUCAUCGUUGGAGGCACUCUGAUGUUGCUUCUGGGGCUCUACUUAGGUGGAGUCUACGAACCCUGGAACUCGGCUACAGUGAUCUGUCUUAUUGUCUUUGGAAUCAUCACUGCAUUAUUGUUCGUCUGGAACGAGUGGAAGUUGGCACAGUAUCCCGUGAUACCAGUUCAUCUCUUCAAUACUUGGUCAUCGUCAGCUGCAUAUGCUGUCACAUUCUUCCAUGCUUUUGUGUUUAUGGGCGUUGCUUAUUACUUCCCCUUAUACUUCCAAGCCGUUCUCUUGGCAAGCCCACUUCGCUCGGGACUCUAUCUUCUCCCGUUCAUUCUCUCCAUCUCCAUAUCCGCUGCUAUUACUGGUGUGUACAUACAGUUCAGCGGCAAGUAUCUUCUAGUCUCGCGUGCUGGGCUAGUCAUGAUGACUUUGGGAAUGGGACUCAUGAUGAAUUUGAGCAUGGAUUUGAAUUGGACAAAAAUGAUCACCUUCCAGUUAUUAACUGGUAUAGGUGUUGGCAUGAAUUUUGAAGGUCCCUUGCUAUCUGUUCAGGCGGUGGUGCCGCACGAGGAUGUGGCAGCUGCAACAACCUCAAUGGGAUUUACCAGAACUAUUGCAACAGCCAUAUCCGUCGUCAUUGGUGGUGUUCUCUUUCAGAAUGAGAUGAAAGGAGAGAACAAAGUACUUAUGAGCGCACUGGGCCUUGAGCUCGCCGAGAUAUUUGAUGGGGCAUCUGCGUCUGCUAAUAUUGACCUGAUCAAAACACUCCCUACUGAAGCACAGCUUCUUGUGAGGGCCGCAUUCUUCCACUCUCUUGAUAAGAUGUGGAUAUUGUAUACUGUAUUCUCGAGUGGUGGGUUGUUACUCAGUUUCUUCAUGAAGGCGCAAUACCUGAGCAAAGACCACAACGAUGCACAUUUGGGCAUCGUUAAUAAUUGUGAAGUAGGAGAUUCAGCAGGAGUAUAUCGAAAGUAUUCGCACCCACCCGUCGGUAUCCUGACUUUAUUCUUUAGCGACUUAGAUACAACCAUCACGCAUGAAAUGGACGACAGCCCAACUGUUCCUUUACUCCAGGACUAUCAGAGAAGUCCUGUACCCAGCGAGCAGUCGCUGCCCCAAGACAUCAUCGAUAACGAAGCUGGAAAAAGAACGUUGGUCAAAAUUGACCGUACCAUUAUUCCUCUUUUGUUCAUAACAUACAUGUUCAAUUUCAUGGACAAGGUCAUAUUGUCUAGUGCAGCGGUAUUCGGGUUAAGAGAAGACACUCAUCUCCAAGGCCAACAGUACAGCUGGGUAGGAAGCGUUUUCUACCUAGGCUAUCUACUUUGGACUUAUCCAACCACCAUUCUUGUUGCAAGCCUCCCCAUUGGAAAGUAUCUUACGGUCAAUACGAUUUUCUGGGGCUUGGUUGUCGCUUUCACUGCAUCGUGUCAGAACUUUGGCGGUCUCUUGCUCAUGCGGUUCUUUCUUGGCAUUGCCGAAGCGACGAUAACACCAGGCUUCAUGUUCCUUACUUCAUCAUGGUAUACACGCGAUGAGAUGCCGACCCGUGUGGGAAUAUGGUUCUCAGGCAAUUCUGCCGGGGGGCUAGUCGCGAGUUUGCUCGCUUUCGGAGUUGGCCAUAUUGACAGCACGACAAUACGACCUUGGAGAUGGAUGUACGCGAUGUUAGGGAGCAUGACCUUUCUAUGGUCUGUACCCUUGUUCUUCCUCCUUCCUGACAACAUAUCAAAAGCCACCUUUCUCUCGCCGGAAGAGCGGAAGAUUGCAGCGCAGCGCGUGUCCACUUCUGGUACUGGUAAAACCGAGGGUGCGCGCUGGAGAUGGGACCAAGUGCACGAGUGCUUGAUCGAUCCCAAAUCCUGGUUUAUCAUUGGAAUUGAACUGUUUACUCAGAUUCCAAACGGUGGCUCUCAAAGCUUUGCCAACAUCGUCGUGGCAUCUUUUGGGUUCACUAACCUGCAGUCUACAUUAAUCAACAUACCGUACUCGCUUCUUUCAGCUGGUAUAAUUGCAGUAAGUGGCUAUUUGGCUGGUCGCUUCCGCACCCUGAAUUGUCUCCUAAUUAUUGCGGUAAUUCUACCUUGUGUUAUCGGCAGUGCCCUCAUUUACAAACGGAGCCAUAUACCCCAAAGCCUGCAUCUAUUUGCGUACUUUCUCCUUUCAACCGGAUCUGCAGCAAUGCCUCUCAAUAUGGCCCUUGUGCAGUCCAACUAUAGAGGAGUCACCAAGAAGAUGACUAUAACAGCCAUGUUAUUUGUCACGUACUGCCUAGGAAACAUGGCUGGACCACAUUUCUUUCUAAAGUCCGAGGAUCCGCUAUACGAAACUGCGUUUAAAACAAUCACGGUUUGCUACAGUUUGGCGAUUCUUUGCGCUUUGAGUCUGAGAGUUUAUCUUAAACGGUUAAAUGCAAGUCGUACACAAGAAGAGGGUGUUGUGGGAAGUGCUGGUUCGGGGGGGAUUACGAGGGAGGGUGCUGGAGAAGAGAGUAGCGAUCUAAUAAUGAAGUCAGGAGAUUAUACGGACUGGCAGGCUGUGGGAUUCAGGUAUAGACUGUAA